CAAUUAAUGCAGUUUUUUGAAGCAUGGCCUGAAUGAUUCAGUCAUUAUCAAGUCAAAUUACAAUGUAAAAAAGGCUGCUACCAUUGCCAAAUAGGGAAAAUCUGAAGACAUAAAGGCUACUCUCUAGGAACAUGUCAUUUAGCAUCUUCACUUUUUGAUCCCUAGAGAAGACAAUGAGAAGUCACACGGUAACAAUGACGACUACUGCAGUCAGCAGCUGGCCUUGCUCCUCCCAGGAAGUGCACUUUGUAACUAAUCAUAGCGUCCAAUCGCCACACAACUUCUCGGGAGCAUCCAAUUUUACUGCCUGUUCCAUGGAUGAAAAAUUACUCUCUACUGUGUUAACAACAUUCUACUCUGUUAUUUUCAUCCUGGGCCUGGUUGGAAACAUAAUUGCCCUCUACGUGUUUCUGGGUAUCCACCGAAAAAGAAAUUCCAUUCAGAUCUACCUUCUUAAUGUAGCCAUCGCAGACCUCUUACUUAUCUUCUGCCUCCCUUUCCGAAUAAUGUAUCACAUUAACCAAAACACGUGGACACUAGGUGUGAUUCUUUGCAAGGUUGUGGGAACACUAUUUUAUAUGAACAUGUAUAUUAGCAUUAUUUUGCUUGGAUUCAUCAGUUUGGAUCGCUACAUCAAAAUUAAUGGAUCUAUACAACAACGGAAGGCAGUAACAACCAAACAGAGUAUUUAUGUUUGCUGUACAGUAUGGAUAGUUGCUCUUGCUGUAUUUUUAACUAUGAUUAUUUUAACCCUUAAGAAAGGAGGUCAUAAUUCCACAAUGUGUUUCCACUAUAGAGAUAAGCAUAAUGCAAAAGGAGAAGCAAUUUUUAACUUCAUUCUUGUGGUAAUGUUCUGGUUAAUUUUCCUACUAAUAAUCCUUUCAUAUAUUAAGAUUGGCAAGAAUCUAUUGAGGAUAUCUAAAAGGAGGUCAAAAUUCCCUAAUUCUGGUAAAUAUGCCACUACAGCCCGGAAUUCCUUUAUCGUGCUUAUCAUUUUCACUGUAUGUUUCGUUCCCUAUCAUGCCUUCCGAUUUGUCUAUAUUUCUUCACAGCUAAAUGUGUCGUCUUGCCAUUGGAAGGAAAUCAUUCACAAAACCAAUGAGAUCAUGCUGGUUUUCUCAUCUUUCAAUAGUUGUUUAGAUCCAGUCAUGUAUUUCCUGAUGUCCAGUAACAUUCGCAAAAUAAUGUGCCAACUUCUUUCUAGACGAUUUCAAGGGGAAGCGAGCAGGAGUGAAAGCACUUCAGAAUUUAAACCAGGAUACUCCCUGCACGAUACAUCUGCUGGAGCUAAAAUACAGCCUACUUCUUAAACCACUUGAGGUAAACAUAUUAAAAAGAACAAUAAAAUACAGCCACUCCAUUCCUUGAGGAACAAAAAAAUUGUGAAACAAAGCUCUAACAUUACAAAGCUCAGAACUUUCCAAAUUUCAUUUCUUGUUUGUGAUAUUUCAUUUGCUUUACUGUAAAUUAUUUCAAGGGAAAGCUUAUACUCAUUACUGGACUUUAAAUCUGUAUAUAAAAUCUUCUUAAAAAUAUUGUUAGGCUAACACUGUUAACAUAGAUUAUACAGUUAAAUGAAAUUUAUGGUUUUAACCACAGAAUAAUUCAAGAAAAUGUCAUAGUUUCUCAAGUUACUAAAGCUGUUAUUCAAAAUCAAGCACCUAAUACUAAUUUAAACUGUUUAAAUAUUAAAUGACUUAAGGACCAGCUUAUGUUUAUUACCGUUUAAAAAGCUUGUAUAAUUUGUCAUUGUAUUCACUUAUGCCUAAACUUCUAUAACAGAUGAAAUGAUAAUAAAAUUCUAAUAAAAAUGAAAUCACCCCCUAUCUAUCACUACUUAGAUAAAAUGGAAAGAAUUUAAAUACAUAUGGUAAAAAUCAAGCAACAGAUGAGCUAAGAAUUCAUCAGCCCAGCAACAGGACUUAGAACUGCACCUUACUUAAGACAGAUUUAUAAACGAUUCAGCCAUCUUGGACCACGUGCUUUGAUAGAGUAAAAUUGAAGAUGUGUACAUUCUAUGAUCCAGCAAGUCCACUUCUAGGUAUACAUUUUACAGAACCACUCAAACAUGUAUACAAGAAAACAUAUGUAAUGAUACUAAAUGACCUACUGUUCAUAAUACUAAACAAUUGGAAAUAACCUAAGUGAGUUUGCAUUGGCAAAGGAAUGGAGAAAUAGACUACACCUGCAUGCACCAACAUGGGGAGUUCUCAAAAAUAAUGUUGAAUAAAAAUCAAACAAAAAACUGUGAAAGGGUAUGUAUCAUAUGAAAUCAUUUAUAUAAGAUACAAAAACACGUAAAAUAACAUUCUUUAUGGAUCUAUAUAUGCAAUAAAAAUAUAAAAUGUGUGGUAAUAUACACAACAUAUACACCAACUUAAGGUUAAUGGUUAUAUCUUGAGAGAUUUGAAGCAAAUACGGCAAAAUAUUAAUAAUGUCUGUUAAAUCUGUGUGGUAGUACAUGGGUAUUUGUUAUAUUAUUUUUGGUAUAUAUCUGAGUGUUUGAAGUAUUUCAGAACAAUAAAGAAAAUCUGUAGAUUAGAAUUAAAAGGAACAAA